AGCCAGAGAAGUCUGGACAAUAAUAGUGGAGAACCUAUAUUCUUACACGUGAAGAUAAGUCAAGAAGUUUCUCGUUUCGUCUACCAAUCACCUGUAUAUAAACUCCCACCGAAUCCAUAAUUCCGUCAUCACUAAGUUCAGAAUUUAUUCAGUUACCCUCUCAUCAAUUUCUUCAAUUUGAAACCAAUUGCCACAAACAUUUCAUCAAACAUGUGGAAUCAACCGCCGUUUGGGAAGACAGAUUUGGAGACUGGACCAACCGGAAGGCUGUACCCGAUGAUGCUGGAGUCGCCGGAGCUCCGGUGGUCGUUUAUUCGGAAGAUUUACUCUAUCGUUUCCAUACAGUUGCUUCUCACCGUCGCUGUUGCUGCUGUUGUUGUAUCCUAUCAUCCUAUUGUCACUUUCUUAACCACUACUAGCGGUGGAUUGGCUUGUUAUAUUCUUCUCAUCAUCGCACCCUUUAUUACAUUAUGUCCCUUGUAUUACUAUCACCAGCGUCAUCCUGUCAACUAUAUCCUUCUAGGCAUCUUCACUGUCACUCUGGCUUUCGCAGUCGGUUUGACAUGCGCUUUCACUAGCGGUAAGGUGAUACUGGAAGCUGUAAUUUUGACAGCAGUGGUGGUUGUGAGUCUCACUUUAUUCACAUUUUGGGCCGCCAAGAAAGGUUACGACUUCAAUUUCUUGGGUCCAUUCUUGUUUGGCGCUGUUAUGGUGCUUUUCGUCUUUGCCCUUAUUCAGAUAUUCUUUCCUCUAGGUAGAAUUUCAGUCAUGAUAUACGGGUGUUUAGCGGCCAUAAUCUUCUGCGGAUACAUAGUGUACGACACUGAUAAUCUGAUCAAACGAUACACAUACGACGAGUACAUUUGGGCUGCGGUUUCUUUGUAUCUUGAUGUCAUUAAUCUCUUCAUGGCGUUGCUCACCGUGUUCAGAGCUGCUGACAGCUGAAUGUGUUUAUUAGUUACUUGCACGCAUGGUUUUGGUGGAGUUUGUGAAUAUACGUUAUGUACACUAAAUUGGUUGCAUUUAGAAGUUUUUGUUAAUAAUGGGUUGUGGAGUAAGUGUAUACUACAAAUUUGGUAACUUGUUAGUUUUGUUGUAGCGGUAAUUUAAUCCGCGACUGUAUCGCC